UGCUCUGAUAUUGCCAAACAUGAUUACACUGUCAGGAGCAUCAUUGUCUAACCUCUCGUCCCAAGCGCAUCUGAAUCCAGAACAUAAGAGCAGAGGAACUGAAGCAGUGACUUUAAAAUAAAACAAUCGUUUUAACAUUGUUAUAGCUGUAUCAUAAUACCUUAUUGACAGUCAGAGUAAAGUGUAAAUCAUUUAAAAAAAUUGGCUGCAGACUAUGGGGCGGCUGCUGUGCGUGCUGUUGGUGUUCCUGGCUUGCUGUGUUGUCCAAACAAACGCAGAGACAAUAUGCGGUACCAGGCAGUUCCUGUGUGGGAACGGGAAGUGUAUUACGCUGAGAUGGGUGUGUGAUGACACAGAUGAUUGUGGAGAUGGAACUGACGAGCUCCCCGGAACCUGCUCGGCCAGAACAUGCGGAACCACAGAGUUCAGCUGUGGUGGACAUCUGAACCAGUGUGUUCCCAGUACAUGGCUCUGUGACGGCAAAGCAGACUGUGAGAAUGGAGCUGAUGAGGAGAGCUGUGCGCCCAAGCACUGCACAGAUAACAAAUUCCGCUGCAGUAACAGCCAGUGUGUGUCGGCCUCUUUUGUGUGUGAUGAGGAGUUGGACUGUGAUGACGGGAGCGACGAGGCUUCCUGCCCACCCACCACCUGUAGCUCCACCUCCUUCCAGUGCAACAACUCUGUGUGUGUGCCGCGCCUGUGGGCCUGCGACGGAGACGCUGACUGCUCGGAUGGCUCUGACGAGUGGCCCCAGAACUGUGGGACGCGAGCCCCUGGGGGUGCCCCCAAGCCCUGCUCCCUUCGGGAGUUCCAAUGUGGCAGCGGGGAGUGUAUCCACAGCAGCUGGAAAUGUGAUGGAGGAUUCGACUGCCUGGAUCGCUCUGACGAGACCAACUGUAGCCGCCUCACCUGCCGCCCCGAUGAGUUCCAAUGCGGUGAUGGCACCUGUAUCCACGGCGGUCGCCAAUGUAACCGCCAGUACGACUGCAGAGACUUGAGUGAUGAAAUGGGCUGUGUCAAUGUGAGCCAUUGCAAGGGUCCCACCAGGUUUAAGUGCCGUAGUGGGGAGUGCAUCAGUAUGGAGAAGGUGUGUGACAAGCAGCGUGACUGCAGGGACUGGUCAGAUGAGCCUCUCAGAGAGUGUGAUUCCAACGAGUGCCUGUACAACAAUGGCGGCUGCUCACACAUCUGCAAUGACCUGAAGAUCGGCUAUGAGUGCCAAUGCCCCACCGGCUACUACCUGAUGGACAAGAAACGCUGUGAAGAUAUCGAUGAGUGUGCCAACCCAGAUAUCUGCAGCCAGAUCUGUGUCAAUCAUAUGGGCAGCUACAAGUGUGAGUGUGAGGAGGGCUACCAGGUUGACCCAGCCACUAAAGCCUGCAAGGCCAUCGGCACUGUAGCCUAUCUGUUCUUCACCAAUCGCCAUGAGGUGAGGAAGAUGACACUGGACAAGAGUGAGUACACGCGUGUCAUCCCCCACCUGAAGAAUGCAGUGGCUCUGGACAUGGACAUGGUUGCCAAGGAGAUUUACUGGUCUGACCUCUCCCAGAAGAAGAUCUACAGCACCUCAAUGGACUUGGCUGCAGACACAGCGCAACACAAAGUUGUGAUUGACAGCGACAUCGAAGCUCCGGAGGGCAUCGCCUUUGACUGGGUCCACGGCAACAUCUACUGGACCGACAGUAUCCGCAGCAGCAUCUCCGUGUCAACCGCCAACGGGAGCCGUCGCAAGACUCUCUUCCGGAAUGACCUGGCCAAACCCCGCGCUAUUGUGGUCGACCCCCACAGCAACUUCAUGUACUGGACUGACUGGGGAACUCCAGCCAAGAUUGAGAAGGGAGGUCUGAACGGAGGAGACCGUGCUGCUCUGGUCACAGACGACAUUGUGUGGCCCAAUGGAAUCACCCUUGACCUGCUGAACCAGCGGCUGUACUGGGUGGACUCCAAGCUGCACACCCUCUCCAGUAUCAACGUACAGGGUGGCGGCCGAAGGACACUCAUUAUAGAUGAACACAGGCUAGCCCAUCCCCUAGGCAUCACUGUGUUUGAGGAAAGAGUGUUUUGGACAGAUGUCAGCAACAAUGCCAUUCUGAGUGCCAACCGUGUGACAGGCAGGGACAUCAAGCCUGUGGCGGAGCACCUGGUAUCCCCAGAGGACAUUGUGUUGUACCACAACCUCAAACAGCCAACUGGCAGGGACUGGUGCAAGGUGGCCAACGGAGGCUGUGAGUUCAUGUGUCUGGCAGCCCCCCAGGUGGGCCUACAUUCCCCCAAGUACACCUGUGCAUGCCCUGACAACAUGCUGCUGGCCAAAGACAUGAGGAAAUGUGUACCAGCUGCACCAACACCUGCAGCUCCAGUCAAGCCCAUUGUUCCCGCCUCCAACCCCCCACCGGCACCCGUCCGCACCUCCACUGCACCUCCAGCCCGCACCACCACUAAGGCCCCCAUCAUCACUACCACAGUUACGCCUGCGCCUCCCCGCACUACCAAGCCUGUGCCACGCAACCCCCAGCCUGCACAGCCAGAUAGACCCAGGAUCCCCCAGGCCCAUACUACCACAGUGCCUCAAGUCACCACUCAGGAGAUCCGCCAUGAAUUUGCUGCUAUACCCACAGCCCCUUCAACCCCUGCAGCUUUAUACAUCGCGCUGCCUAUAGCCAUUGUGUGUCUGGUGGCCUUUGGUGCCAUGCUGCUGUGGAGGAACUACAGGCUGAAGAACACCAACACCAUUCACUUUGAAAACCCAGUCUACCAGAAGACCACUGAAGACCAGGUGCACAUAUGCAGGAGCCACAGUCCAGAUGGCUACUCCUACCCACCGAGACAGAUUGUGAGUCUUGAUGAUGAGGCUUGACCGUAGUGCUGCCGUUCCCUGCCAACACAAACGCUUUAAGAGGAGAUCGCAGAGGAGUAAGAGAAACAUUUUAUAUAAGCUACCUGGACAAUCUUAUUUAUUUUUUUUAACCUCAAAGACAUAAGAAGGCAGAGAAAGUGUCAUACCGCUGACCAAACCACUGUGUGCUCAAAGACAAAUGGAAGCUCUGGAAAGAAAAGCAGGAAAAGGAGGAAGAUUUCUCAUUCAUGUGUCUUUCUUGCCCAUUUGUGCACAAUCCAGAGCCAUAAGAGACCAUCAACUCAUCUCCACCAAGCUUGAGUUUUAUUGGCUCAUUCUACACCAUAGUAUUUUUCUCAGAGACUAUUUGUCUGAACUGUGAAAUGUCCUACAAAUAGAAGACUGUUCAGACGUUGAACCACAUUAUGAAAGAACAGUAAUGUAAUUGUAAUAUUUGAGUGUUUUGUGUUUGUGAAGAAGUGCCCUUGAUAUAUGAGGUGACUGCAACUUUAUUUAACAGCACUUAGAAUUGAGAAAAAUCUCUCUCUUGUUACGUACAGUAGGGAGAACAAGUAUUUGAUACACUGCCGAUUUUGCAGGUUUCCCUACUUACAAAGCAUGUAGAGGUCUGUAAUUUUUUAUCAUAGGUACACUUCAACUGUGAGAGACGGAAUCUAAAACCAAAAUCCAGAAAAUCACAUUGUUUGAUUUUUAAGUAAUUAAUUUGCAUUUUAUUGCAUGACAUAAGUAUUUGAUCACCUACCAACCAGUAAGAAUUCCGGCUCUCACAGACCUGUUAGUUUUUCUUUAAGAAGCCCUCCUGUUCUCCACUCAUUACCUGUAUUAACUGCACCGGUUUGAACUCGUUACCUGUAUAAAAGACACCUGUCCACACAUUCAAUCAAACAGACUCCAACCUCUCCACAAUGGCCAAGACCAGACAGCUGUGUAAGGACAUCAGGGAUAAAUUGUAGACCUGCACAAGGCUGGGAUGGGCUACAGGACAAUAGGCAAGCAGCUUGGUGAGAAGGCAACAACUGUUGGCGCAAUUAUUAGAAAAUGGAAGAAGUUCAAGAUGGCGGUUAAUCACCCUCGGUCUGGGGCUCCAUGCAAGAUCUCACCUCGUGGGGCAUCAAUGAUCAUGAGGAAGGUGAAGGAUCAGCCCAGAACUACACGGCAGGACCUGGUCAAUGAACAGAAGAGAGCUGGGACCACAGUCUCAAAGCAAACCAUUAGUAACACACUACGCCAUCAUGGAUUAAAAUCCUGCAGCGCACGCAAGGUCCCCCUGCUCAAGCCAGCGCAUGUCCAGGCUCGUCUGAAGUUUGCCAAUGACCAUCUGGAUGAUCCAGAGGAGGAAUGGGAGAAGGUCAUGUGGUCUGAUGAGACAAAAAUAGAGCUUUUUGGUCUUUUAUUUAACUAGGCAAGUCAGUUAAGAACAAAUUCUUAUUUUCAAUGACGGCCUAGGAACAGUGGGUUAACUGCCUGUUCAGGGGCAGAACGAUAGAUUUGUACCUUGUCAGCUCGGGGGUUUGAACUUGCAACCUUCUGGCUACUAGUCCAACGCUCUAACCACUAUGCUACCCUGCCGCCCCAUCUAAACUCCACUCGCCGUGUUUGGAGGAAGAAGAAGGAUGAGUACAACCCCAAGAAUACCAUCCCAACCGUGAAGCAUGGAGGUGGAAACAUCAUUCUUUGGGGAUGCUUUUCUGCAAGGGGGACAGGACGACUGCACCGUAUUGAGGGGAGGAUGGAUGGGGCCAUGUAUCGCGACAUCUUGGCCAACAACCUCCUUCCCUCAGUAAGAGCAUUGAAGAUGGGUCGUGGCUGGGUCUUCCAGCAUGACAGCGACCCGAAACACACAGCCAGGCUCCGUAAGAAGCAUCUCAAGGUCCUGGAGUGGCUUAGCCAGUCUCCAGACCUGAACCCAAUAGAAAAUCUUUGGAGGGAGCUGAAAGUCCGUAUUGCCCAGCGACAGCUCCGAAACCUGAAGGAUCAGGAGAAGGUCUGUAUGGAAGAGUGGGCCAAAAUCCCUGCUGCAGUGUGUGCAAACCUGGUCAAGAACUACAGGAAACAUAUGAUCUCUGUAAUUGCAAACAAAGGUUUCUGUACCAAAUAUUAAGUUCUGCUUUUCUGAUGUAUCAAAUACUUAUGUCAUGCAAUAAAAUGCAAAUUAAUUACUUAAAAUUUUUUUGGAUUUUUGUUUUAUAUUCAGUCUCUCACAGUUGAAGUGUACCUAUGAUACAAAUUACAGACCUCUACAUGCUUUGUAAGUAGGAAAACCUGCAAAAUCGUCAGUGUAUCAAAUACUUGUUCUCCCCACUGUAGAAUUCAGAAAUUAGGUAUUGUAAAUAACGUAGGUAUUUAUUUUACUUAUGUCCGAGACUGACAAAAUGUUGAGAAAUAAUGAGCAGAUCAUAUCAUUUACUAUGUCUAGACUAAUUUCUUUGUUCCUGAAUUGUUUUAAUAUCAAAACCUGACUUAAACUAACACCUGAGCCACUUGUUGAAAUGAAACCCUUUGAUAGUGAAUGUUGUCUUGAAUUCUAUACAUGAGCCAAUUUAACCUCUAUAACAUCACCAGACAGGGACAAAGUCAAAUCAUAGCUUUUUAUACCAAUUGUCCACAUUGCCUCACUAGUGGAGCACUAUCCAAAUGGACGGUUAAACACACUGACACUUAUACUGUAUGUCUAUGUGCCUUGGUAACACUAUUGCUGUCAAUUUCCCUAAUAUGGUGUUUAAUUACAAGCCAAGACAGUAGAUUUAGGACAGUCUGUCUGAGAUGUAUCUUUCUCAUUUUCUCCCUUGUCUAACUUUCUGUCAUCCACUCAUUCUCAAGCUUCCUGUCCAACUGUGUGAGAGCAGUAUAUAAUUGUGUAAUUCUUCUAUGACAGAAAGCCUUUAAAAAAUGGUUUACGGGACCAUGUGACCAUAGGAGCCAUGUUCAUUGUUCAUGUGUCAUGCAACAGUAGUACACAGACGACACUCUUUAAAAAAAAGGGUGCUAUUUAGAACCUAAAAGGGUUAUUGGGCUGUCCCCAUAGCAGAAACCUUUGAAGAACCCUUUUGGGUUCCAGGUAGAACCCUUUCCACAGAGGGUUAUACGUGGAAUCCAAAAGGGUUCUACCUGGAACCAAAAAUGGUUCUACUAUGGGGACAGCUGAACCAUUUUCAAACCCUUUUUUCUAAGAGUGUAGCAUCUUCAUUCAGGUUCAGAAACACAAGUUUCCUUUCAAUGGUUUUCACAGAAUUGUUUACUGGAGAUAUUUAUUUGACUAAGUAAAAACUGAUUAUGACAGUUCUAGGUACUGAAAUAGAAGCCGUCCAAGUGCAUUAUAUAUCAUGCUGCUAACCUUUUAACCAGAUGAUUUAUUCAAAUACUAAUGAUAGUGUUGAGGUGGCUUUAGACCACAAUGUUUGACACCUCUUUCUCUGAGGUCAGAGUGAAAUGAAUGUGUCUAACUGUUUACAGUGAAAUGUGUUUGACCUUGAGGAUGUCACAGUGUUAUAGGUAUUAGACAGACAGAGAGUUUGGGUAAUUAUAUAUGGCCUAAGUCUAACAAAGACAAAGACAAAGACAUUAUUGUUGAGUCAGUGAAAGUGUUUGUUUAUGUUUCCUUUUUUAACGUGGGGUUGGGGCUAAACAUAUUGUUUAAUUCAAGAGCCAUAUGGAAUAAAUCCAGAAAUGUGUGUUAACUAACAUCAACAGUGCAGAUCAUGAAUAUGUAAAUAUUAUGUUCAUAAUGUAUUUGUAAAUAUUCAUAACAAAAAGUGGUCAUGACGUCCCAGUGUAGAAUUUGUACACCGUUAAACAUUUGAUGUACAUAAAAAAAUGCUUAUAUUUAUUUUAGAAUCAUUACACUGUGAAUGGUACUUUACUUGAAGCCUGAAGUUUUGGUCUGACAAGCCUUUUUGUGUUGUAAAUGUGUCAUACAUACACAAAAUACAAGUUACAAGUUAACUGUGUUAAUUGUGUUCGCUGCCUUUGGUUUUCCAGAAUGAUUCAAUAUUGAGAUGCUUUAGUAGUUUCAAAAUAGUCACCUUUCACAUAGAUCUAUCUAUCUAUUAUAUUCCAUCAGAUUUGUAGCACUAAUUUGAGAAUGAAAUGUUUCCAGAAUUACAUUUCUUUAACCUUUUAGAUAACAAGGGCACUACCAAUGGCCAUUACAUUAGCAGGAUGACAGCCUGUUGAAUAACACAAACGUUCUGUAAUUCCUGACAGAAGCAUGGAAAAUAUGAUGUAUUUAUUUAUGAAAUUGUAUGAUUGUAAAUACACAAAUCACACAGCUGUUUUAUAUUUCCGGA